AUGUCUUUCGAUCGCUUAAACUCACUGGAGGCCCAGAGUGGGUUCUCCAGGACCGAAGAUGCCCAAUACCGCGAUGACCCCGGAUUCGACCAGCUGGCUGAGUCGCUCUCCGAUCAAUUGUUCACAUUGAAUUCCAACACCGCUCGUUUGACUCACCAAAUAAACCUACUGGGAACCAAGCGCGAUACAGAGCGGGUCCGCGAACGGGUCCAUAACAUGCUGGAGGAGACUCGAACGGGAUUCAAGGAUGUUGGAGAGGGUUUCAAGAAGAUCCAGACUUGGGAGGAUGUGAACCCACUGCAAAAAUACAAGCAACAGAAACUCUCUUCCGAUUUCAAGGCUGGUUUAGAUGAGUUCCAGACCGUCCAGCGCCGCGCCCUUGAGAAGCAGCGGGCAUCAGCCGCGGCGGCCCGCACAGCUAUUGAAGGCGAUGAACAAGGUGCCGAAAAUGCCGAUGUCCAACUGCAGCAGCAACAGUUGCAGGCACGACCGCAGCUUGCGAACCAGGGCGAGGUGGACUUCCAAGAGUCGCUGAUCAUCGAGCGCGAGACCGAGAUCCGCAACAUCGAACAAAGCGUCGGUGAACUGAACGAACUUUUCCGCGAUGUCGCACAUAUCGUACAUGAGCAAGGUGGCCAGCUUGAUAUCAUCAGCGAGAAUGUCGAGAAUGUCACCCAAGACACCAGGGGGGCCAAUGUCGAGUUGCGGGGAGCCAGUCGUCACCAGAAGAAUGCACGCAACAAGGCCUGCUGUCUGCUGAUUAUUAUGGCUGUUAUUUUGACAAUUAUCGUUCUUGCGGUUGUCCUCGGAUAG